AUGGCUCUAGAUGAUGUGGUCCUACCUUGUGAGGCCUCUGGCAUUCCUCGACCAACCAUUACCUGGCAAAAGGAAGGGCUCAGCAUUCCAACAGGUACUAGUGCCCAGAUUUUGUCCAAUGGGCAGCUACGGAUCUCCCGAGCUAGUGCAGAAGAUGCAGGCAAUUACUUGUGCAUUGCCAAGAAUCCAUCAGGGACAGCUCUGGGUAAAACUCGGCUGGUGGUGCAAGUCCCUCCUGUGAUCAAGGGUGGGCACUCUGACCUGUCAGCAGCGGAGGGUUCCCAGGCCCUUCUGCCCUGCAUAGCCCAGGGCAUCCCAGAGCCUCACAUCACCUGGAAAAAAGAUGGGUUCGUUGUGCCCAGUAUGGAGGGGAAAUAUGCCAUCCAACCAUCUGGGGAGCUACUAGUGAAGAAUUCGGAGCGGCGGGAUGCAGGGACAUACACGUGUACUGCAGAGAAUGCUGCUGGCCAUACAAGCCGCCGAAUACACCUCUCCAUCCUAUCCCUCCCCACCUUCACCACACUGCCUGGGGAUCUGAGCCUCAAUCAUGGGGAUAAGCUGUGGCUGCGUUGUACUGCCCGGGGGAGCCCCACUCCCCACAUCAGUUGGAUGGUCAACAACAGGCUGGUCAAAGAAGGCGUGUUGGAACAGGAUGGGGGCAGUACACUGCAGCGGGCAGCCGUCACCAGGGAGGACAGUGGCACCUAUACCUGUUGGGCAGAAAACAUCGUGGGCAAAGUCCAGGCUGUCAGUUUUGUCCAUGUGAAAGAGGCACCAGCUCUACACGGUGAGGCCUCCUCCCACCUGGUAGAACUUUUGGGUGACAGUGCCCGACUGGACUGUGCUGCCCGUGGUGACCCAGCACCUGUCAUCCGCUGGAUCAAAGAUGGCCUCCCAGUGCUCAGCAGCCACCAUAGGCACCAGCUGCAGAAUGGUUCCUUAGCCAUCCACAGGACUGUGAUGGAAGAUGCUGGGCGUUACCAUUGCCUGGCAGAGAAUGAAGUAGGUGUGGUGGAGAAAGUGGUGACCCUCAUCUUGCGUAGUGAGUCUGGUCCUUCCUUGUCUAUCUAA